CGAGCCUGGGUGGAAGCUGGCGCGCUCCCCCUCCCACCAAGGGCUGGACUGGACACCAGGGCCCCAGUCCCCACCCUGCCGCGGGUGUCCGCCCAGCCCCGGGUGAAGAGUUGGCGACCUGGGAUGGGAUGAGUAACUGUUGGCUGCGGGCCGCGCAGCGGGGCGGGAGCGCGCCGAGCUCUAGUAGUGCAAAUCCGGCCGGAGGCCUGGGGUCGUGCCCUCGGCCGGGCGGGGCGGCACUGAGCGCGAUAAAAGGGCCGUACCGCCUCGGGCCGGGCCGCCGCCUCCUCGUCUCCACUCCCGGCUGCAGCGCGCCUCGCGGGUGAGCGGGCGGCUCAGGGGCAGGAGGACCCAGGACCUCCGGGCGACGGGAUGGCGGCGGCAGCGGCGUGCGCACCCCCAGCCAGGCCCAGCCUGACCUCCAUCUCGUCCGGGGAGCUGCGCAGCCUGUGGACGUGCGACUGCGAGAUGGCCCUGCUGCCGGUGGCCCAGCUCCUGCGCCUGCUGCCCGGCGCCCUCCAGCUGCGUGGCGACCAGCUCACGGUGCUCGGGUCCGAAGAGCCAGCGGCCGCGUUCGGGGGCUUCAACGUCUUCGGCGACGGCCUCGUGAGCCUGGACGGGCAGCUCUGCCGCCUCAGCCGCUACAUCAAGAGAUAUGUGGAACUGACCAACUACUGCGAUUAUAAAGACUACCGGGAAAUGAUACUGAGUAAACCGAUGCUGUUCUUUAUUAAUGUACAGACCAGAAAAGACACCUCAAAAGAAAGAACAUAUGCCUUCCUUGUGAACACGAGGCACCCCAAGAUAAGAAGACAGAUAGAGCAAGGGAUGAACAUGGUCAUUUCCUCAGUGAUUGGAGAAAGCUACCGGCUCCAGUUUGAUUUUCAAGAGGCAGUGAAGAAUUUUUUCCCUUUGGGAAAUGAAGUGGUUAAUGGAGAAAAUUUGAGCUUUGCCUAUGAGUUCAAAGCCGAUGCAUUAUUUGAUUUCUUCUAUUGGCUUGGGCUCAGCAAUUCCACUGUACAAGUGAAUGGAAAAGUUCUGAAUUUGUCAAGUUCAAGUCCAGAAAAGAAGGAGACAAUUAAACUAUUUCUGGAAAAAAUGAGUGAACCACUGAUCCGAAGGAGCAGUUUCUCUGACCGAAAAUUCAGUGUAACUUCCAGAGGUUCAAUAGAUGAGGUUUUUAACUGCAGUCUGUCACCAAGAUCAUCUUUGAUGGAGCCCCUUUUGGCAGAAUUACCAUUUCCAAGGGUUCUGGAAUCUGAAGAGACACCUAACCAGUUUCUCUGAUUGGACGGGACCUGUUCUAGUUCCUCCUGCACUCCAGGCUUACUGAAGGUUGAGGGGAGUUGGGGGGUGGGAUGAGCUGGGGGGCAGGCCUUCCACCUACUGGUCCACCCUUUGCUCCUUGGAGUGCCUCCUUUCCCUGUUCUGUGGGUGCCUCCCCAGCCGGCCCCACGCAGCUGACUUCAGGAUGGGAGGGCCCUGGCCUCAUGGCUGGGACAGCCCCUCCUUUGAGCACUUCUCCAAAGAGGCAGAGAGACUGGCAGGGUCCUGAGUGCUUCAUGUGCGACCUUGGCACCCUGGGAGUUUCCCUGGCAACUUCUGUGGGACCAGUCUGACUUGGGUGUUGACGAUGAUGCUUCAUAAAUUGGGGUUUAGUCCUCUGCUUGAGACACCCUUGUCUGAACUCAAACUCAAGCCAGCUCAGGGUGAGCUGUGCUAUUCUCUUGCAAACCUGGCGGGCAAAAAGCCUAUGACAGCUUUCACUGGAAGACACAUGUGUUUCUCAUCCUGCCUUUAGCAGAAGCAUUCCAGGUAAGGUUUGCUGGGGGGUUGGCCAGCUUGGUAGGAUGGCACCCCCGCCACUCACUGCCUAAAAUUUGAACUCCCUUGGCCUCCCUCUUAACAAAGUGUAGAAAGAGGCCAGGGGAUGUGCACACAGUGACAGGAGGAGGAUCAUGAUCAUGGCAGUGUCCUCUUGACUGAAAGCACAUUAUAUCAGUUGGGUAGUUUUUUACUUUCUUAUUGAAUUUAUUGGGGUGACA